AUGAUCUUCUCACCACAAACCAUACUGAGCCUCCUCCUUGCUACAAUCUUACUCUACAGUCAGGCAGAAGACACCUGUCCAGAUGUGAAAUGGAUCGGUGUUGGGGAAUCAGGGAAAUUGCCUAUUCUAAGAGGCUGCCCGGGGAUCUCAGGACAUCUGGGACUGCGGGGACCUCCAGGACCUCAGGGACAAAAAGGUGAAUACCGUAUUUAUUUUGUAGCUUCAAAGAACUGUAAGGAGCUGAGGGACCAAGGCGUGGUUCUUGAUGGCUGGUACACAAUAUACCCAGACGGCAUGCAGCCUCUGAUGGUGCUAUGUGACAUGACUACGGAUGGAGGAGGAUGGAUAGUGUUUCAGAGACGCGUGGACGGUUCAAUAGACUUUUACCAAGACUGGGAGACCUACAGAAGAGGUUUUGGUAAUCAGCUCAGUGAAUUCUGGUUGGGCAACGAGAAUAUUCAUCAGCUUACAUCCAAAGGCUACUUCCAGCUCCGUGUGGAUUUAGAAGAUUUUGAGAAUAGUCGAACCUAUGCCACAUACCAAAAUUUCAGCAUUAAUGGAGAAGACGACUUCUACAGUUUGAGCCUUGGUGAUUUCAUUGAAGGAACCGUAGACGAUUCCCUAGAAGAACACAGGGGUAAGAGCUUCUCCACCAAAGAUAAACAUAGAGACAACUCUGAAAGCGAUGAAACAUCUUGUGCCAAAUACUUCAAAGGAGCCUGGUGGUUUGAAAGCUGCCAUCAAAGCCACCUCAAUGGAGAAUACCUGAAGGGUGAACACUCACAAUUUUCCGGUGGGGUCAUCUGGUACCAUUUCAGAGGCUACCAUUACUCCCUAAAGUCUUCAGAAAUGAAGUUUCGCCCUAUUAUAAACUAG